CAUUUAGUUGUGUUCUGUUCGCUUUCCUGCCCUGAGAUUGUGGCAUCCGAAUGCCUUUAAAUUAGGUGUUCUCGAUAGAAUAAUUGUGUUAUUAGGUUCUAAAUACUCUCUAUUGCCUCGAGAAUGGCCAACUCUAUAGUUUUUACCACUCUUCUUGCAAUAGUUUUAGGUUGUGCACAUUCACAGGUUUUUCCUCUAGGAGUGCAAUUUGAGUAUGCACUCGAGAAUACCGUCGUGAUCAAUGAUCUCCGUGCUGGUGAAUACAAUUCGUCCAUCAAACUGAAGGCAGAUUUGAAGGUGACAAAAAUUUGGGAGGCGGAGAAGAAGAAUUUGUUGGUACUUUCGCUGUUAUCGCCAACUCUUCAUGGAAACGAUAAGCUGUUCGCUUUGCCUCAGUCCGAAGAGACUUUCCUGCUGGAGUUCGAUGCGGAGGACACAAAUGUUUAUCUUCCGAAUUCUGAUGUGGUCUCAAUGAGGAAUCUGAAGAGAGGCAUUGCGUCGCUCUUUCAAUUUUCCCCAGAGAAGAGCCCAAAGACUGAAAUUGGUGUCACAGGCGAAUGUACUGUGGCGUAUGAUGAGCUGACAGAUAGGAGAUUCGUGAAGAGAAAAAUGAAGUGUAAGACUGAUGAUAGAGAUUCUUACCAUAGAAAGGAAGAGCCACUGGGAGUUGCGAUGCCAAAUGCUAGGAAUACGGAAUAUCUUCUUGAUGUUUCUGAGUCAAUUGAAAGUAUCGAGAAUAUUGAGUUCUUCCGCAUUUCUUUAGCCGGAAAUGAUGAAGUCGGAGCCACUGUUGACUCAAGGUUAUCUCUGAAAUUAGUGAGUCAGAAGGACGCAAAAGAACAAACCAAGAGCACUUCCUAUAGUGAUGUCUUCAAAAAGUACAAGAAUCUACAGAGAUUUACAAUUACUUACGAACAAGAGGAGAAAGAGGUUGAAGAAAAGUCAGAUGAUAUAAUCAAAUUGGUUAAGCAGUACAAGAAAAACUUGGCAAAUUCCAAGAUUGGAACAGAGAAAUUGUCUUUCGCAACUGUGAAACUAGUUGAAGCUGCGCGGAAAGCCAAAGUGGAUGAUCUCACAAAAAUCCUUAAUGCGCGCAGCACAAGGGACUACAGAGGACAAUUGAUGGAUGUUUUGGGAGCUGCGCAAACCAUUGAUUCUCAUGAUGCUGUGAAGAAAGUGUUGAAAUUUAGCAAAUCCGAAGAUUUCCCUCACGUCGAACGAUAUUUGCAAUCUUUGGCAGUUGGAAGUCAACCAAAACCUGCUGUUGUUAAGGAUUUACUGGAAAUGCUGAGGAAGGACAAUCAUGAGAACGAGAAGUACACAGAAACACUCAUUCAAACCAUUUCCUCCAUGGCAAGCAAUCUAGCUGAUAAAGAUGAAAUUGGCAAAGAGGUCUUCCAAGAAGUUCAAAAGUACUUCACGAAUAUUGUAGAAAAAACCACAAAAGUUCCCAGAAGAGUAACUUUUCUUCAGGGUUUUGUGAACCUUAAAUCGGCCGAGAGUAUACCAAUGUUGCUGAAUUAUGUUCUUACUGGCCCGAAAGCUGUUUCAGUUACUGCAAUGAAGGCUCUCGUCUCAAUGCCUAGAGAAUACUUCCGUCUUGAGCAUGUGAAGCAUUUGGAAAGCAUCUAUCAUCAGAAACGUAAGAGAUUUGACUCCAGUGUGAGAACUUUGGCUGUGGAAAUUCUUCUGGAUCCACUCUUUUACCAAUCAUCACUCAAAGACAUGAUCUAUGCAUUGAAAUACAGUGAUUCAUACGAAGUGAAGCAAUACUUCAUUCAGAGAUUAAAGAUGGAAAGCGAGAAGGACGAAUCAUUCAGGAAUUUCGCAAUGGAAAUCAUUCGUGAGGACGCCACAUUGAAUAACUAUCACAUCUUUGGGACGCAAGGACUGUCCACAGCACUCUCAAGGAAGUUUCUCACUUCACCGUCAUUCAACAGUACACUUGUUAGCAUCCAAGAAAUCGACAGAGGCAUUCUCAAGAGGGGGAUUGUCGACAUGAUCUUUGAAUCGAAGAAAGACAAAUUCAGCUACUUCACAAUUGGUCUCUAUGCUGAUGGUUUAACUUCCUUCGUCAGCUCAAAUUCUAAUGCAGAUGACAAUCCUUCAGAUGCUGAGGAAUCCGAAACAAUGGCAGGAAUGGAACUUGUUGUUCAAGGAAGCUACUUGAGACCGCUCCAGUUCUUCCGUGGUCAAGGAGAGCUUAUGGGUCACGUCUGGAGUGGAUCAGCGUCUGACUUAACACCCGCCUACCAAGCUACGACCCUCCUUCAUGACCACAAGGAAGUGAUCUGGCUACAGAAUGGAAUGCGCGUGACUAUUGAUGUCAUGGGAGCCAUGUCGCUGAACCUCAAUGGUCAAGUGACCAUCAGCAUAUGGUACCGAAAUGCCAAAUCCCGCGUCCUGCAAGAAAUCGGGUUCGCCGUCACCGGAAGAGUUUCCAUCGAGAAUGAUUAUGCUGAAAUUGGAAAUAAUUUUGUUGUCCUACAAGAACCCAAACUUGAUCUUGUCUCCGACAUAGACUUCUCAAGUGAAUCUAUAAUAUGCAUGCAAUUAUCUCAGCCCAAUUACGUUCUGAAAACAAAACACACCAAAACAGCGAAUAUUGAGGGUAUCAAAACGAAAUUUCAGAAUGAAUCUCGGAGAAAGUAUAACAUUCCUGGAUACACUCACUUCUUAAACCAAAAGAACAAUGAAAUUUGUAACAAAAUCCAUUCGUAGAGACACUGUGUCUUAAAUUGUUGAAAAUAUACAGUGAAAAAAAUAGAGUCAACUUGUAAAUUCCGUUGUCUAUUCACUUCCCUGUGGAGCGUAAUAAAAAC